UUUAGGAAUCAUGAUGGUGAAGUUUCUGCUGCUGGCAUUGGUAUUUGGACUGGCCCAUGUCCAUGCUCAUGAUCAUCCUGAGUUACAAGGACAAUGGAAAACCACUGCCAUCAUGGCUGAUAAUAUUGACAAGAUAGAGACGAGUGGUCCCCUGGAGCUCUUUGUUCGUGAAAUUACUUGUGAUGAGGGAUGUCAAAAAAUGAAAGUCACAUUUUAUGUCAAGCAAAAUGGACAAUGCUCAUUGACCACAGUCACUGGGUAUAAGCAAGAAGAUGGCAAGACUUUUAAAAACCAGUAUGAAGGUGAAAAUAACUAUAAACUGUUGAAAGCAACAUCAGAGAAUUUAGUCUUUUAUGAUGAGAAUGUGGACAGAGCCAGCCGGAAAACAAAAUUGUUGUAUAUUCUUGGAAAGGGUGAAGCUCUAACUCAUGAGCAAAAGGAAAGACUUACUGAGUUAGCUACUCAAAAAGGCAUUCCAGCUGGAAACCUUAAAGAACUCGCACAUGAAGAUACCUGUCCAGAGUAAAGUACCAUCUACAUAAAACAACAAGAUGAGAAUUAUACAUCAUAACCUCUUAACCAUGGAAUCAGUACCAUCUAUAAUUCACCUUUCCUAACAGAAUACAUUUUCCUUCUCCUGUGAAGUGAGGAUACAGCAUAAGAAAUUCCUAACAUGCCUUUAUUUCCUCAUUGCCUAAUCUAUAAACUCUUCUUCCUUUUUUGAUUGAUUGAAUAAAAUGAUUCAAGUUGCAAUAAUGA